AUGGCGGUCGCACAAGUUCCGCGCAACUUCAAGCUCUUGGCCGAGUUGGAGAAGGGCGAGAAGGGGCUGGGCGCAGGCGCAUGCUCGUAUGGCUUGGAGGAUCCUGAGGACAUCUUGAUGACAAACUGGCGAGGCACAAUCUGGGGACCACCACACGGUAACCACGAGAACCGGAUAUACGAGCUUAAGAUGAACUGCGGCGAAAAUUACCCCAAAGAGCCACCCACGAUCUAUUUCGUCAGCCAGAUCAACCUGCCGGGUGUCAAUAACGUCGAUGGCCUUGUGGACAAGAACUGUAUCGGUAUUUUGCGCGACUGGACGGCCAUCGCGGCGCAGUUGUCACGAAACCCGCGGCCGAAGGAGGACCCUCUUAGCCUUGAGACUGCUCUGAUCUCCAUACGGAAUUCGCGGCAUCGAACAGCAUGCUUUGCGCUCUACAAAGCCCUGCUCAAACAGGCAGCUCAAGUCCCUCUUUUAGAUAAAGCAGGGUCUUCGACUUCGGGCCCGCCGAUUCCUCCUAUUCAAAAAUUGAUCCGGAACACAUUUGAGCUGAACCGUGGGGACACGAGUCCCCGACUGGUUCUUGGAGCGUUGAACAAUGGCUACAAGUUCCUCAACCUCUUAGCUGAGGCGCAGACACCCUCGUCACCGGCGCAUGCAUCAAUACUAGCAUUUCUCCGGAAACCGAUCGCCGCCGAAACCAUUGCGAAGUCCACAAAGGCACCACGAACGAGAUCGAAAAACAGGAAACGGACAACCCUGCCUUCUGCACCACACCCAGACACGGUGCCCCUCCUCACACGGAGGACCAUACCGGGCUCAGAAGAGUCCUCACCCGAUAAUCAGUUCACCUUCCAGCACUACGAGUACGUCUCGACGGCACGGCCGCGACCGCUUUCCGAACUGAGCCGCACCAUAGACGGGCGGCGACGCGUGCCCAGGCUGGCGACUGAUGCCACCGGCCUGCCGUUUCUGCGCCUAGGGCGGCCCCAGUCACCCGUGUUGUCACGGGUGAUCCGGCAAAAGGGCCGCAAGAGACGCGACCGCAUGCAGCUCGCCAGUGAGCUGCAGCGGGACGAACUCGAUUUUGCGGCACAAGAGGACCUGUGGGAGGCUUCCGUAGAGAAGCUGCUGUCGGAUGAGAGGCAGGAGAGCGGUUUCGGACAAGGAAGAAGAGAACCGACUUAUGCCCAGGGUGUGUCGGCUGGCAUCAACUAUCUGAACGCGAAGCUGAACACGGAGAUGGCCGACAUGCUGGCGCGAUCGAGAGCUAUGCUACGAAUUGUCGACGAGGAAAAGGCCCUCGCAGAGAAGGAAGCGGAGAUUGAAAAGAGGCUAAAAAAGAACGAAGAGAGGACGCGUUACCCAUCAGCGAUAGCACAGCAUGACGACGGUGUUGUGCAACCCGGCGGCGGUGAACCUGCAUAA